AACCAAACCAAACAAACGAUUUAAACUCUAAUAAUGGCCUUAUCUUCUACUUCACUCAUUUCACCUCUCAACACCACAAAUCAUUCACAUCAAAAACUACUCCAUUCACCAAUACCUUCUUCUUAUUCUUCUUCUCAUUUUCUAAUCACACCCCUCAUCCACCACAAUCACAACCUUGCUACUAUCUCACAAAAAUGGAGAACAAAUGUUUCAUUUUUUCCUGCAAUUUUUAAGAAAGGCAAAGAUGCAAGCACCAUCAAAGAAGAGCUUCUUGAUGCCAUUGCAUCACUUGAUCGAGGAGCUGAUGCUACUCCUGAAGACCAACAAAGUGUUGAUCAGAUUGCACGCCAACUUGAAGCAGUUAAUCCAACAAAGCAGCCUCUCAAGUCUAGUUUACUUGAUGGCAAAUGGGAGCUUAUAUACACUACCUCUCAGUCAAUCUUGCAAACUAAGAGACCAAAGCUUUUGAGAUCAGUUACAAAUUAUCAAGCAAUCAAUGCUGACACUCUCAGGGCCCAAAAUAUGGAAUCUGGACCGUUCUUCAACCAGGUGACAGCAGAUUUAACACCAAUAAAUGCAAAGAAAGUGGCUGUGAAAUUUGAUACCUUCAAAAUUGGAGGCUUAAUACCUGUCAAGGCUCCUGACACAGCUCGUGGUGAACUUGAAAUAACAUAUUUGGAUGAAGAGCUGAGGGUAUCAAGAGGUGACAAAGGAAACUUGUUCAUCUUGAAAAUGGUGGAUCCAUCUUACCGGGUUCCUGUCUGAUAUGCUGUCAAUAUAUAUAACACCUUAUCGCCGUCGUGUUUUCUUCCUUUCAAAGGAUUCAAACUACCCGUCAGCGCUUUCUGAAGUUGAAACUUAUACUAGCAAGUCAAUGUCUGAGUGUAACCACUAUUCAAGCUAACUUGAACCAUUUUUGGACUAUGCUUUCUGUACAAGUACAAAGUUUCUAGAUAAACUGAAAUAGUGUGAAUGAAUAUAAUAAUGUAAUGGGGUUUAUUUCUCUUGAAUGUGGAAAACUCUGAUACAAAAAUUGUUGUAAAAUCUUUACAUAUUGAUAUGAGUAUAUGGUAUCAGAGUGGGUGAAUUCCACUCUGCUAUCGCAACGAUCUUCUCCAUC